AAUUUGUUAAUCAUUCAUUCAACUUUUCUCUGAGGUACAUACAUACAUACAUAGAACCCUUAAUAAGAAUAAUAAAUUAACCAAAAUGGCUCUCCCAGUUUCUUUAACUGUCCUCGUUGUCGUGCUAGGGUGUAAUGGAGCCUUAUCCAGCGGAAUUAUUGGAAACUCCCUCUCCGUUAAGAACUUUGAGUCUGACGCGAUAGGGAAUAAUAAUUUCGGGACGGGUGAAACCAUUGAAACUCGCGCGGCUGGACUUUGCCUAGAUGAUCAUAACUCAUACCGCUCCCAAAAUGGGAAGGGUCCCCUCGCCUACAGCUCCCAGCUCGAACAAGCCGCCAGAAACCACAAUUCCGUCAUGACCUCCAAGAACUGCUUUAGCCAUCAAUGUUCCGGCGAACCCAGUUUAGGCGACCGUGUCUCCGCGACUGGAUACAGGUGGACCGGAGCGGGCGAAAAUAUCGCGGCGGGACAGGGCGACUGCAAAUCUGUGAUGAAUAGCUGGAUGAACUCGUCCGGACACAAGGCUAAUAUUUUGGGAAACUUUAAGCACGUGGGGUGUGCCGUGCAGGAUUGUUCGAACUGCAGCUACAACAAAUAUUGGACAUGUGUCUUUGGCAAUCAAUAAAUUCUGAAGGAUUUCAUUGAAUAAACUAAUGCACAAUUACAUUUUCCAUUU